UGCCGGUUGCAAGCUCAAGCGUGUCUGUCUGCAUUGUGCAGCCAUGGUUGAUGCCCAAAAAUAGACGCCGGGGGAAGGAGUCAUUGUAUUUGUAUGGUAGCGGUCAGGAUCAAUAACACGUGAAAGGAUUUGUAAUUGGAUGCACAGCAAAGUAUAGUGUUACCUUCAUCACGUCCGGCCUUCUGUAUACAUGUUUGCGGUUAGCAAGUUCAGCCACUGCAUAUAUCGUGUUGCCGUCAUAUUAAGCGGGUAAAGAUGCAAACAGAGUUGAGGCUGUAAUUUCGAGGAGUCAUACGUGGCACGGGACCGACUGACCCGACCCUCGCACGUGAAAGGCUUGCCGGACUGGACCGCUUGCUCCCUGCGCAGAUUCAUGCAACUUCAUGUUGAUGCGAUGGAGAUGAGGACUGUUUUCCUGCUGUGCCUGUUGAUGCUCUUCAACGCGCAACACACUGCUUUCGCAUCCAAAGGCGUCGUUGCAAGUCUCAAAGCCAAAUGGCACUCGACACCUUUCCUUUUGGAAACAAGUGAGUUUAUUGGCGAGGAUGGCAACGAGAAAUUCUGGCAGUUUGUCGACACUGUAAAAGAGCUCACCGUGUACAAGCAAGGAGAGUCCGUGCGCUCCUACUACAACCUGAUCAUUAAGAAAGCCAACCAGUUCCUCACAGAUCUUCAAGUGAACUUGUUGAAAAUGGCUCUCUCGCUGCGCUUCUACUCCCCAGCUGUUCACGCCUUCCAGCGGAUAGCCGACGAUGAGCCGCCACCUGAGGCCUGUCCAGCUUUUGUCUCCAUUCACGGCCAACAGAGCUGCAGUACAAAGAAAAUCAAGAAGCUUCUGAAGGCCGCCGCAGGCAGGCCCCAUCCGUAUUUGUACAAGAGUGAUCACAUAUAUCCUGGGGCUAAUAAAACAGACGUCCCGGUCGUGAUCCUGUAUGCUGAGAUUGGAACCAAGGAGUUCACCACCUUUCAUACCGCGUUAUCAGAGAAGGCUAAUGGGGGAGCGCUGACAUAUGUGCUGCGUCAUUUCCUGGCGACUCCAAAGAAGCAGAAGUUGCUUUUAUCUGGGUACGGCGUGGAGCUAGCAAUCAAAAGCACAGAGUAUAAGGCGGUGGACGACACCCAAGUCAAAGAUUCAAAGACAACCAUCAAGGCAGAGGAAGAUCAUAAUGACGAAGUUCAGGGAUUCUUUUUUGGAACGUUGAAAAAAUCUCAUCCCGAACUCCAGGAGCAACUCGGCGAACUCCGUAAGCAUUUACUGGACAGUACCGACGACAUGGCGCCUCUCAAAGUGUGGGAGCUCCAAGACCUAAGCUUCCAAGCAGCUGCCAGAAUCCUGUCUGUGCCAAAGUUUGACUCUUUGAAGCUCAUGCGAGACCUCAGUCAAAAUUUCCCAAGCAAGGCGAGAUCACUGACAAGAGUGGCUGUAAAGAGCGAGAUGAGAAAAGAAAUUGAGGAAAACCAAAAGCAUCUGAGUGAGACCAUUGGUGUUCACCCAGGAGAUGGGGAGCUGUUCAUAAAUGGUUUGCGCAUUGACCUGGAUGUUCACAACCCUUUCAGCAUUUUGGAGCUCCUCAGAAGCGAGGCCAGGGUAUUGGAAGGUCUUCACAACCUGGGUGUGAAAGGAGAGCAUCAAGGCGCGCUCCUGAAAUUGCCUGCCAACCAUGUGACGGACAAAUAUGCCUUAGAUAUCAGACAUCCAGCUAUAAUGUGGCUGAAUGACAUUGAGAAGGACCCGAUGUACAGUAGCUGGCCAGGAGGUGUCCAAGAGCUGCUGAGAACAACUUUUCCGGGAGUCAUCAGACAGAUCAGGCGGAAUUUCUUCAACCUGGUGCUAUUUCUCAAUCCAGAAGAGGAGAAAAGCGUCGAGCUGGUCAAACUUUCCGGGCUCUUCUACAAACACAAGAUCCCCCUGAGAAUUGGAUAUGUGUUUGUUGUCAACGCCGAAGAUAAGAUUGAUGGCUUCUCGAAUGCGGGGGUUGGCUUUUACCGACUCCUGAAUUACAUCGCAGACGAGUAUGAUUUAUCCCAGGCCCUGAUAUCCAUGGCCUCAUUGUACAACAGAGUUAAUGAAGGGGACGCAUUGACGACCGACACCAUCAGUGCUUUCCUAAAGAGCAAAUACCCUAAAGCCAACGCCGAAAAGAUUUUCGGUGCUGAAUCAGAGUAUGAUGACAGAAGGAAGGAAGGCACCUUCUUCUACAAAAAGAGUGGCCUGGGUACCCUUCCCCUGGCAUUAUUUAACGGCAUCCCUUUGAGCCCAGAUGAGAUGGAGCCAGAUGAGCUGGAGAGCAUCAUCCUGCAGAACAUAAUGGACUCCACCACUGCCUUACAGAAAGCUGUUUUCACGGGUCAUUUGACUGAGGGAACAGAUGUGGUGGAUUACCUAAUGGAGCAAGCCAACGUGGUGCCCAGAAUGAAUCCACUUAUUCUGGGUACAGACCGAAAGUACCUGGACUUCACUUCCUCUCCAGUUGUAAGUGACUGGGAAGACACGACUAUGUUUUCAUUCCUGGACUCCAGAGACAAGACGGCCGUGAUGGCUAAGAGAAUAAAAUACCUAACUCAUUAUGAUGAGGACGGGAUGAGCGCUGUGACCAUGUGGAUUGUCGGAGAUUUCCAGAAGCCCUCUGGAAGAAAAUUGUUGCUUGCUGCUCUUAAACAUUUGAAAGCCAGCCCCGGAGUACGUUUGGGGAUGAUUGCAAAUCCCGGCGGAAGGCCCAGCAAAAAUAACACAGCCAUGUAUCGGGCUAUCUGGGCUUCGCUUCUCACCCAGAAGAAUAAAGCUGCAGCUGAGUUUGUGCAAAAACUUGCAUUGGAACAAAGUCACCAGCUCCUCCUGCGGGGGACAAAGAUGAAGGACUUGCUGCUGCAGGGAAUGGACACCGAUGCCUUUGAGAAGAAGUUCAACACGCUAGAGGUCGAUUUUGUCCGCAGUCAGCAGCUCUUCUGCCGGGAUGUCCUAAAACUGAACGCUGGACAGGGGGCAGUCAUCAGCAACGGCAGGAUCCUCGGGCUACUCGAUGAGCAGGAGGAAUUCACUGCAGAGGAUUUCCAAUUGCUGGAGAAGAUUACUCGGAGGAGCUCUGCUGAGAAAGUCAAAGCCCAAGUUAAACGGAUGGGGAUGAAGCCAAAGCACGCUAGUGAUCUGGUCAUGAAAGUUGAUGCCCUGGUAACUGCAGCCCCCAAGGGAGAAGUCCGAAGGGAUGUGCACUUUAUUAAAGAGAGCCACAGCGUGCUGCAGCUCUCGCCCCGCGAAAACGAGGUGUUUUAUGAUGUGGUAGCCGUCGUUGACCCGCUUACGAGGGCGGCGCAGAAGAUCUCCCCCCUGCUGAUUGUUCUCAGUCAAGUGGUCAACUUAAGGCUGCGGCUGUUCAUGAAUUGCAGGGCCAAGUUGUCCGAGAUGCCCCUCAAGAGUUUUUACGCUUUGGUGUUGGAGUCCGACGUCACCUUCUUGGCCAACGACACCAUAUCAGCCGGUCCGGUGGCCCGCUUCACGGAGCUCCCCGAAUCUCCUCUUCUCACCCUUAAUAUGAUCACGCCAGAAGGCUGGAUGGUGCAGGCCCUCCGCAGCCCCCACGACUUAGAUAACAUCCACCUGGAGGAGGUGAGCGGGUCCGUGACGGCGGAGUACGAGCUGGAGCACCUCUUGCUCGAGGGCCACUGCUUCGACCUGUCGACCGGCCAGCCUCCCCGUGGACUGCAGUUUACCCUGGGCACGAAUCGAGACCGUAUCAUGUACGACACCAUUGUCAUGGCUAACCUGGGCUAUUUCCAGCUGAAAGCCAAUCCUGGCGCCUGGAUGCUCAGGGUGCGCAAAGGACGAUCCGAGGACAUCUACCAGAUUCUGUCGCACGAUGGAACCGAUUCCCCGGGAGAUGCCGGUGACGUCGUCGUGUUACUGAACAGCUUCCACAGUAAGAUCAUUAAAGUCAGGGUGCAGAAAAAGGCUGAGAAAAUGAAUGAAGAGCUUUUAAGUGAAACGGGUGAAACCAAAGGCCUGUGGGACUCCAUAGCGAGGAGAUCUCAUUCGUCCCCGGGCUCCAGACUCCAUUAUUACGCUGUAAGAGCUAGUCUUGCAAAAAAUAUGUGCUUCUGUAGCAUCGCAGGAGGAGGCGCGAAGAAGGAUGACGGCGAAAAGAAGAAGGAGGACGUUCUAAACAUAUUUUCGGUCGCCUCCGGUCAUCUGUACGAGCGCUUUCUGCGGAUCAUGAUGCUGUCCGUUCUGCGCCACACCGAAACGCCUGUCAAGUUCUGGUUUCUCAAAAAUUACCUCUCACCUUCGUUUAAGGAGACCAUUUCACACAUGGCAGAGUCUUUCGGCUUCCGGUAUGAGUUGGUGCAGUACAAGUGGCCGCGCUGGCUCCACCAGCAGACCGAGAAGCAGCGCAUCAUUUGGGGCUACAAGAUCCUCUUCCUGGACGUGCUCUUCCCGCUGGCCGUGGACAAGAUCAUAUUCGUGGACGCCGACCAGAUCGUGCGAGCCGAUCUGAAGGAGUUGCGAGAUCUGGACCUGGAGGGCGCACCUUACGGCUACACGCCUUUUUGCGACAGCCGCACCGAGAUGGACGGCUACCGCUUUUGGAAAAGCGGCUACUGGGCGUCGCAUCUCGGGAAUCGGAAGUACCACAUCAGCGCGCUCUAUGUGGUGGAUUUGAAGAAGUUCCGCAAGAUAGCGGCCGGCGACAGACUGCGAGGCCAGUACCAAGCCCUGAGCCAGGACCCCAACAGCCUGUCGAACCUGGACCAGGACCUUCCCAACAACAUGAUCCACCAGGUGGCCAUCAAGUCUCUCCCUCAGGAGUGGCUGUGGUGCGAGACGUGGUGCGACGACGCCUCCAAAGCGGCGGCCAAGACCAUCGACCUGUGCAACAACCCCAAGACCAAAGAACCAAAACUGACGGCGGCGGCGAGGAUCGUGCCCGAGUGGGUGAGCUACGACAGCGAGAUCAAGCAGCUGCUCAAAGGAAUCCGCCGACGGGGAGACGACGCCGCGUCAAAGCGGACGCCGGCGCCGGGGAGUGAAGGCCACAAGCGUGACGAACUUUAGCGAGCAGAUGAAGCGAGGACGCUUGAAGUCAAGACGACGUGACGCGAGGCGCCCUCUGCAUUAUAUUUGGAAUCUUUUUCCACGUGUGCUUCGGCAGUCGGUUUUGCACCAUUCGCACCUGGCGCCUAAAGUGUUAAAAUUACCAAGAGGGACGGUGGUCGGUACCGGCACCCUUGGACCCAUGAAAAGAUCAGGUUGGUGUUGGGAUACGUUGCACUGAAAUCUUGUCUUACUAUUGUUACAAAAGAAGCCACCGAAGAACAAACACCGUCCAUCCAUUUAGCAUCGAUAAUCCCGUCCGUUUGCUUGACCGUCGUAAAUUGAAUGAGAACCGCUGUGAGAAAAAAAUAUGGUAAUGUAUAAUACAUAUUUGUGGAGUAAAUGUCCAAAAAAAACCCAAAAAACUGCUGCAUUUUGUCAAGUCAGAUUAUUUGACUUCACUGCUGCCGUAGAGACUUGUGCGGAUAAGCGGCAAAGAAAAUGGUUGGAUGGAUGUCUAAAAUCAUACAAGAAUAAAAAUGUAAUAUUUU